AAAGGGGUUGGGGCGGGCGAGCAACGACGCACCGGCUUCUAGGGAUGGGUUGGGCAUGCAUAUCACACAGGAGGCUAACGAUGGGGGCGCAGGGUUUUGGGUCAUAACGAGUUUCCGGACAUCAUGGUUGUAUUUUGUGUGGUGUGUUCGCUGUAUCUUUUUUUCUCUCUCUCUCUCUCUCUGAAUAGCAAACCCAAUGGCGCAAAAGAGAUCGGAAAAGUCUCCAUGAAUCGUAGCAUUCAAUACUGGCAGCAGGCCCACGCGGGAGUUGUUCGGACUCGGUUUUGUUUUCUUUCUUUCUACCUUUUUUGUUUUGUUUUUGUUUUGCUUUUUCAGCCUAGCUGUGUAUGGAACGACCUAUAUCAGCUUGACAGCAUAUGGGGAACCCUGUUCGAAGUUUUCCUUUUUUUUUUUUUUUUCCUUCCAGCUGCAUUGUCACAAUAGAAGUUACGACGACUUAGACUUCAAGCAAACCAUGGUACGACCAUGGACCAGUCAGCGGAUCAUGAUGGCUACAAAA